CCACACAAGGGGCAUUCACUGACUUUCUAAGCGACUUGUAGACUAACAUGGCGUCAGUUUCGUCUGAUGCUGGAUCUGCUGAUUAUUCCGGACUCCAGCAGCCACCUCAGGGUGGUCAAUAUUCACCUUCGCCGAGAAAUAACCCUCACCUACCGCAUCAUGGAAAACCAAAGUUAACCGAAGAGGAACUGAAGGUACUUGAGGAAUGUAAUACAGAGAGCUUCUGGUAUCGAUGUGUUCCUUUAGGUGCAGCAUUUUGUGGCGGCACCACUUACCUUGUAAAGACUGGGUAUUUAAAACCACAUCCACGUUUUGGAGCUCUGUUUAAAAAUCUGGGGGCUGUUUUUGUGGCUUACAUUAUUGGCAAAGUUUCCUACCAAAGAGCGUGUCAACAAAAAAUUCUAGAAAAGAUCCCAAACAGUAACCUUGCCCAAGCAAUCCGUACGAAUAAGGGGUUGCGCUCACCAAUUGAUGCGGAUGGAGGUGAUGACAGUACCGUGCGGACAUAUAGCUCACCUCGGGAGGAGAAAAUGCGAGAAGUCUACAGCAGCAUGGAUGUCUCAGACAGCAAACCUCAAAACGUCAAAGAACUGGAUGAUAGCUUUCGUCCUACUAUAGAUAGAGAUAGUAUGGUCAAAGCUAAAGAAGUGUCACCAGUAGAGAGCACUCAGCCCUCUUUGUCAUAUGAUGAGCUCCGACAGCGUAAUAGACAGGAACAUGAGCAUGCUGUGGGUUCCUCUUCCCGCAACCCUUUUCGCCAACAGGCUUUCCGAACUCCAGAAGUGGUCCCUUCACAGGAGUCUGUUCCUGCAUUUUCGUCAUCUGUACAGUCUGAGACAGAAAAUGCUUUCAGAGCUCCAGAAAAUACUGACAGGCCUUCUGCAAGUAGUAGAGCUGGCAAGAAAAAGAAUGCCUAUGGUGAUGUCUGGGAAGAAUGAUUCUGAAAUCUUCUAAAAAAUGUGACUGUGGGCAAGAUAGUGUGUGGAAUUUCCCAGCAGCACAUUUAAAUAAUAUAUCAUCUACAUUUGUAUUUCCUCUUCAGCUGCAAGACAAGUCCAUUACUGUGUUUUGUUUCUUCUAAUGUGCUGUACUUAAGAAUAUAGAUAGUUGAUAAUUAUAGUCGAUUUAAUUGUCAUGCAUAUUUCUGUGUAAUCAUGUAUUCAGAAAUUCUUAGGGAAUCAAUGAAAAAAGUGUCAGUGGUAAAAAUUAAUCUUUGAGAAGUUAACAGAUUAUUAGUUUGAUAGAUGUUAUAUAGCUGUAUUUUAUGUACAUAACUUUUUCCCAUUGGAACAGUUGUGAUCACAGCUUUUUCUUAUCUAUGUAUUGAACCUUUUUCCCAUAUCAAGGAUUAUGUCAUGUUUGAAGUAUGGAAGAAACACUUGACAGAUGCUGGUUGUAUUUUUCUUAGGUAAGGCAUUUCUGUUAACUGUUCAUGUUUGUUUGUUACUUCAUUGGGUUUCUUUGUUAUUGGUCUGAGCAGCUAGUUAGGGUGCAUCUGUACCAUGUCAAAAAAAGAGGUUAUCUUCAAACAAACGAAUUUGUUCCUCAUUCAAAUUUGUUUUCUAUGUGUUUUGUCUCUCUCUUCAAUAUAAGUAUAACUUUAUAAGACUU